UUGCAGGCACGUUUGGCAGAGCGUUGUUGUGCUCUGACGACAUUUCCUGUCUAACCCGGAAACGCUUCAAACUCCACAGAAGUCUCCAGUUAGCUUAUCCUGAUUUAGCCUUAUCGCUUUAUUUUGUUAAUCAAAUAAAGGAAUAAAAUAUUAAGUUAUAUUUGAAUUUGAUCAGAGUCAGAGCGCAAAGAUACUCAUUCUAAAGGUCUGUGUUCAUACUAUCUCCUCUUUCUGCCUCCAGUAUUCAUGAUUCAUCGGUUUUUUCAGUGUUAAACAGCUGAUCAGGAGAUCAUGGAGAAAGAUGUGAAGGCAGGCAUCCCCUCUGGUGUGACUGCAGAAGCGGUGGCCGGACCUCUGGUGUCACAGAGCCGAUCCGAGGACGAGGAGUCCACUGCUGUUAAGAGGACAGCCGCUCAGGCCUUCAGCGGAGCCGGGAUGAUUCCCAAACGCAGAAGCUCCUCCAGAUCAAUAAAGAGAAAGAAGUUUGAUGAUGAACUGGUUGAGAGCAGCCUUGCGAAAUCUACCAGUCGGGUCAAAGGUCAGCCAGUCAUCGAGCCAAUCAGAUGCCAUGGGAAUGACCUUGCAUCCAGUGACAAGAAGAAGGGUUUAAAGUCUGGCAGCUCUCUUACGCCUCCUCUUAGCAUGCUGAUGGCGCCUUCAUCGAUGACCAAACGAAUGAAGAGAAACAAGCAGCCGUUACAGAUCACCAAAGACCUGGGCCGCUGGAAACCCACUGAUGACCUGCUGCUCAUCAAUGCCGUUUUACAGACCACAGAUCUUACAUCCGUUCACCUGGGAGUGAAAUUCAGCUGUCGCUUCACGCUGCGGGAGAUUCAGGAGCGCUGGUACGCUCUGCUGUAUGACCCUGUCAUAUCAAAGUUGGCGUGGCAGGCCAUGAGACAGCUGCAUCCAGAGGCUAUCGCUGCUAUUCAGAGUAAAGCUCUCUUCAGUCAGACAGAGGAAGCCCUGCUCGCUAAGAUCACCUCAAGCAGUCAGCCUAAGCUGGAGGUUUUUCAAGAUUUGCUCAACAAGCACCCGAAUGUGUUUUACCCAUCACGCACUGCUAAGAAUCUGAUGGUCCACUGGCAGCUGCUCAAGCAGUACUAUCUGCUGGAGGAUCAGAGCGUUCAACCUCUGCCUAAAGGAGAGCAAGUGCUGAACUUCUCUGAUGCGGAGCAGGUGGUUGAUGAUGCCAAACUCAAGGACAGCAGAGAUGAAGUCUUAGAGCACGAGCUGAUGAUUGCAGAUAGACAUCAGAAGCGUGAGAUCAGACAGCUGGAGCAGGAGCUUCCUCGCUGGCAGGUGUUAGUGGACAGCAUCACAGGCAUGAAUUCGCCAGACUUUGAUAAUCAGACUCUGGCAGCUUUACGUGGACGAAUGGUCAGAUAUCUGAUGAGAUCUAGAGAGAUCACACUAGGACGUGCUACUAAAGACAAGCAGAUAGAUGUAGAUCUGUCUUUGGAGGGACCUGCAUGGAAGAUCUCCAGAAAGCAAGGGAUCAUUAAACUGAAAAAUAAUGGAGAUUUCUUCAUCGCUAAUGAAGGCCGAAGACCCAUUUACAUUGAUGGUCGACCAGUUUUGUCUGGAAACAAGUGGAAACUCAACAACAACUCUGUGAUGGAGAUUGCUGGUCUUCGCUUUGUGUUCCUGAUCAAUCAGGAGUUGAUUUCUCUCAUUAAAGCCGAAGCUGCCAAGAUGAACCAGCCAUGAUGCUGAAGUCACCAGUUCACGAGAUGUCAAACACCAUUCAGAGCUGUACUGUCCUGUCUUUACCUCUGAGUAGAGUCAUAUACAGGAGACCUUUCAGCACAAGAUUAUAGUGGCUCUCACAGCAACAACUGAGAUCUGGAGGAAAAAAUCAUUUGGAGAGGAAUUGGACAUUUAUAUUCCUGUUAUUUAAGGCACAUUUGGACAGAAAGAACUGAAUGUUUGAGAGUGUUUGUGUGUGUGUGAUUUGUAGAUUUGCUUUUUUUUUGUGUGUGUACUGUUACUGUUUUGUUGACUUGUAGAUUUUUUGUUUGUUUAUACUUCAAACACAGUAACCUUGUAUUGUCUCAUCAAAGACAGUUUGCUAAUAUUCUACCAUGACAGAAAUAGUGUAAAUAUAUUCAUAAAGACUGAUUAAAACUGAAAGGUGUUUCAGUGAUGUAUCUGUGUAUUGUAAUGCAUUGUGUGGUGUUGUAUGUUUGUCAUUGACUUUAGCAACCACUAAAGAUUUUAGAGUCAGAGUGGCAAACUUUGCAUGCAUCACUUUGGCCCUUGACAUGAACUAAUGUUGCAAACCCAGCGUGGAUACAAGUAACCGACAAUGCAUAAAAAUACAUUUAAAGUAAAGCUUCAGAUCUAAUUAUAAUGCACAAUUACUAACGACACUACAGGUCAAAAUUUGGGGAUAUUAGAAAGUUUUUUUUAAUGUUUUGU